AUGGAAGGUGUCACUUCAAUUUGCUCGCUUCCGUCGAUCGAUCACAUGACCGGCUCAAAAUCCAGCGUGACGUCACCUAUAAACAGACAGCAUAUGCAGCAGCAUAUGCCUUCCCCAACUCACGAAACGAUGUCGGAAUCCAAAGGAGUACUUCCGCCAUUGUCGGUAUUGUUGCGUCCAACGCCACAGCAUGGUUUAUCGGAGGUUCAUAGAGAAAUUUCGGAUUCCGUGAACCGUUCUCCAAUGACGUCACAUCAUCAUACACCGGACAUCCACGAGAGAACAAACUCCCCAUUGUACCCUGAUCAUGGCUCUCAUAUACCGAGACAAGUGAACUAUGCUGAUCUUCUUCAGUCACAAGAUGGCGUGACUCAUUCAUCUCAGCGCGCGAUCGCUCCCGAUAUGCGUUUGCCUUCUAUAAUACAUUUUGAAAAUCUUUCAUCAGACGGUCAACAAUCAUCUUUGAAACAACAUCAAGUUUAUUCCACAGGAAAUAUGAUUUCACAUUCACAACAAUCUUCUACUAUUUACAACACGUCAAAGCAACAGCCAAUGGUAUCGCGGUCCUCCGAAAAUGGUAUUAGAACCUCACUUCAACAUGGGUUGCUACAACAACACUCAAAUAACUCUUUUAGUCAUUCAAACUUGCCCUCACGAUCACCGCAUCUUGCUCAAAAUUCUACAAUGUGGACAAGACCUCAGGCCAUCCUUCAUUCCCCACGAUCUUCUCAAUCAUCUUCCUCCACUAGCACUUCGUCUCCUCAAAAAACGAUGUAUCAAAAUAUAGAAAUGAAACCGAUACAACCGAUACAACUUCCGGUUCGAUUUGUUAGCAAUAAUUAUACUCCAGAAUUUCUUCAGAACAAUGGAACUUACGCUAAAGAUAAUGGAGAACAAAGUACUAGCGGUACGCAGAAUAUUGACAAAACAUUGGCAGAGAUGCAAAAGAUCACAGAAUAUUGCACCAUAAUUAGUCACUUUGCGACACAAUAUAGUGAAUAUCGCAACCAAAUGAGUAAGUUUGGACCGUAUCCAACCAACGCUAACCACUGGAGCUCCAAUCCCACGGGAACGCCCGUUGCAAAUGUUGUAAACCUGGAACAGCAGGUUCCCGAAAUGAUCAACAGGGCAUAUCAAAUUUUAGGCAUAUUGAAUGGGGUUAAAAAUGAAAUUGGCCAUACCAUAUCGAAACGUGCUGCGCCUCCCGGAAGAUGUCAUUCGUGUAAUAUAUCCGAGACUCCAGAAUGGCGUCGCGGUCCGGAUGGUGCCAGAACCCUCUGUAAUGCCUGUGGUCUACACUUUGCAAAAUUGACUCGGAAACGCGCACUUUCGACGAUGCAACAACAUCACCAGGCAUCUGUACAUAAAAUGACCCGCAAUGCGCAAGUUUUACCUUCUACCUCAAUCCUUCAGCAACAUACGAUUAUAACUCAACCCAAGCCACUGGGAAUGAUUGGGGGAUUACAUCUUGCGUCACCUCACCCGUCAGCGCAAAUAAUGCAAAAUCCUUCUAUACGUUUGGGGCAUGAUUCAUCAAUAAAUCAUCAAAUGAGCGGACCUCCGAAUGGAAAUUACUUGAAAACAUUAAGAUCAGGAUUGUGGGAAUAUCCAAUAAAAAAGAAAAAUUUUUUUUGUAGAUACGAUAGAGGAUGA